AUGGCGUCGUUAGGAGAGGAUCUCCUAGGGGUCGUCAACAAGCUUCAGGACCUUGUUUUCAAUACCAUCGGAAAUGACUCCCUCGAUCUUCCUCAAAUAGUUGUGGUCGGCUCACAAUCAUCCGGCAAAUCUUCUGUGCUUGAGAACAUCGUAGGGCGAGAUUUCCUACCGCGAGGUAGCGGUAUCGUCACGAGAAGACCUCUGAUACUUCAGCUCAUCAAUGUACCCAGCGAGCGAGACGACAAGCCCGAGCAGGAUGAAGUACAUAUUCCUCAUACAUCAGCUAGUGUUGCGGGACAGAGCGAAUGGGCAGAGUUUCACCACUUGCCAGGGCAGAAGCUUCGAGAUUUCCAAGCCGUCAAAAGAGAGAUUGAGAGCGAGACAGCUCGAAUUGCCGGGAACAACAAGGGAAUCAAUAGACAACCCAUCAACCUCAAGAUCUACUCACCCCAUGUCCUAAGUCUUACAUUGGUUGAUCUUCCGGGCUUGACUAAAGUGCCGAUUGGGGACCAGCCUUCAGAUAUAGAAAAGCAAACCAGAAAUCUCAUUUCGGAGUAUAUCGCAAAGCCAAAUAGCUUGAUACUCGCGGUGUCGCCAGCGAAUGUAGACAUUGUCAACUCAGAAGCGUUGAAGUUGGCGCGAUAUGUUGAUCCUAUGGGGAAGAGGACUAUCGGUGUCCUCACCAAAGUUGACCUAAUGGAUCACGGCACAAAUGCACUUGAUAUUCUCUCUGGGCGAGUCUACCCCCUCAAACUAGGUUUCAUUGGGGUAGUCAACAGGUCGCAGCAAGAUAUACAAGGAAACAAGUCAUUGGCCGAUGCCCUGCAAGAUGAAGCGGACUUCUUCCGGCACAAUCCUGCCUAUAGAAGCAUGGCAACUCGCUGUGGAACGCAAUUCUUAGCCAAAAGCCUAAACAAUACUUUGAUGGCACACAUCCGGGACCGGCUACCAGAUAUCAAAGCAAGAUUGAAUACAUUGAUGGGUCAAACACAGCAAGAGCUAGCAAGCUACGGAGACAGUCAAUUUAGCGGCAAGGAGCACAGGGGAUCCUUGAUCUUACAGCUCAUGACCAGAUUCGCUUCUUCAUUCAUCAACUCAAUUGACGGUACCGCUUCGGAGUUUUCUACAAAGGAGCUUUGCGGAGGCGCUCGAAUCUACUACAUCUUCAAUUCGGUAUUUGGGAACUCACUGGAGACUAUCGACCCAUCCAUUAAUCUCUCUGUACAAGACAUACAAACAGCUAUACGUAAUUCGACCGGCCCAAGACCAAGUCUCUUCGUUCCCGAGCUCGCCUUUGAUCUACUCAUUAAACCUCAGAUUAAAUUGCUUGAAGUCCCCAGCCAGCGCUGUGUCGAAUUGGUUUAUGAAGAGCUGAUAAAGAUCUGUCAUACCUGUGGCUCGAAUGAACUAGCACGCUUUCCCCGUCUUCAAGGGAAGCUCAUUGAAGUCGUAUCGGAUCUUCUUCGCGAGCGGCUUGGCCCUACCUCGAACUACGUUGAAUCCCUAAUCUCGAUACAGCGUGCCUACAUCAACACCAAUCACCCUAAUUUCCUUGGAGCAGCAACGGCCAUGGCGACAGUUGUGCAGCAAAAGCAAGAGAAGGAACGAAGAGCAGCAGCCGCAGAGGAAAAACAGAAACGGGAAAAGCGGCGCCGAAAAGAGCUCGGACAGAAUGGAGUAGACACGCCAGAGGAUGAGCAGGAGGCGGCAGACGAAGUCAACAGCUUGCAAAAGCUUCCACAUAGAGGUCACACAAAAGGCACAAGAAGCAUGUCACCUGCAGUAGGAAGAAAUACAGAAAACAACAAUGCAGCCACUGUCAAUGGCGCAAGAUCAACAUCACCUCCACUAUUAGGGAGCGCGGGUCAAGGCAACACCCGCGACUCUUUCCUCAACUACUUCUUUGGCAAGGAGAAUGGAGUACACUCAACACUCAACAACGCCGCCACAAUUUCCGCAAACCGACACGUCACUCAGAAUCACGAGCCAAGCUUUAGUCAGAGCAUACGGAGAACUGAAAACAAGCAUUCAACGCGACAUUCACCAGGUCAAUCUCAAGAGUUCGAGACAGACCGGUCAUUUAAAGAUUACAAUGAUAUGGAAUUCCAAAUGGUAAGGCUACAAUCUCUAAAUCAUUCAAUCUCCGCGUAUCUUAGAAGCCAUAGACUAACCCUUUUUCCAGCCCGGUCAAGACGCCCCCCUGAACUUACCGAAAGAGAAGCCCUCGAAACAGACCUCAUUCGCACCCUUAUAUGUUCAUAUUUCAAUAUCGUCCGCGAAACAACUGCCGAUCAAGUCCCCAAAGCCGUGAUGCAUCUUCUCGUCAAUCACAGUAAAGAUGUCGUUCAAAACCGAUUAGUAAGCGAACUUUACAGAGAAGAAAUUUUCGGAGAUCUGCUAUAUGAAGAUGAUGGCAUCAAGGCAGAACGAGAGAAAUGUGAGAAGCUGCUCGAGACCUAUAAGGAGGCUGCGAAAAUCAUUGGAGAGGUGCGUUGA